GCUGCCGCCGCUGUCUGCUGUUCACCAUGCGUCCCGGUGCGCCCAGGCCACUGUGGCCACUGCCCUGGGGGGCCCUGGCUUGGGCCGUGGGUUUCGUGGGCUCCGUGGGCUCAGGGGACCCCUCGCCGGGUGGUGUCUGCUGGCUCCAGCAGGGCAAAGAAGCCACCUGCAGCCUGGUGCUGAAGACCGACGUGAGCCAGGCUGAGUGUUGUGCCUCUGGCAACAUCAACACUGCCUGGUCCAACUUCACCCACCCAGGGAACAAGAUCAGCCUCCUGGGCUUCUUGGGCCUCGUCCAGUGCCUCCCCUGCAAAGAUUCGUGCGAGGGCGUGGAGUGCGGCCCCGGCAAGGCAUGCCGCAUGCUGGGGGGCCGCCCGCGCUGCGAGUGCACGCCAGACUGCGCGGAGAUCCCAGCGCGCCUGCAGGUCUGCGGCUCAGACGGCGCCACCUACCGUGACGAGUGUGAGCUGCUCGCCGCGCGCUGCCGCGGCCACCCGGACCUGCGCGUCAUGUACAGAGGCCGCUGCCGCAAGUCCUGCGCCCAAGUGGUGUGCCAGCGGCCACAGUCCUGCGUGGUGGACCAGACAGGCAGCGCCCACUGCGUGAUGUGCCGUGCUGCGCCCUGCCCCGCGCCCUCCAGCCGGGGCCAGGAACUCUGCGGUAACAACAACAUCACCUACAUGUCCUCGUGCCACCUCCGCCAGGCCACCUGUUUCCUGGGCCGUUCCAUUGGAGUGCGCCACUCAGGCAGCUGCGCAGGUUUGGGGCGAAGCGGGGAGCAGUGGUGGGCUGUAGCCCCCAGCCCCUCUCUGUACCCCCAUUUCUCUGUUCGUCCCUCCCGCUCAGCAGGCACCCCUGAACCAUCAGAUGCUGAGUCGGAGGAAGAGGAAGAGAACUUCGUGUGACUUACAGGGCAGCCUGGGCCUGGCGUUCACGGCCUCCCACAUUUUAUUUAUUGCCACAGCAAAGCCUAAUUUAUGUCCCAUGGACACUCCCCAGAGCCAGGACCGGACCACUUGGGGGAGCCCUGGACCCUUCCCGGCAACCAUUAUCUUGAAAGGAUUGGGGGAGGAGGACUGGAUGCAGUGCUGGUAGGUGGGGCCUCCACCCCAGCCACCCUACUACUGCUCAAGAGGACCUGCCUCUCCUCCUCCCUUGGGGAUAACUAUUAAUUAUCGCUUCCACCAAGAGGGCUGGGGAUUCUCUGCCAGCAAUUAAUAAAAAGACACCCUAGCCUUCUAGAACAGAACCAAGGGACGAGGAGGGGUCCACGACGUGGGUGUCAUAUACAUGAGCCUUGGAACAUGCUCAGACCCCCAGGCAGGCUGAAGAAGCAGUCUCUGUCCCCUACUAGCCCAAGAAUUUAGGACUCUCCUUCCCCAUUGUCUCCAUGUACCCAGUAGGUCCUGUGAAGGCCCUUGAGAAAAGCCCAGCUUAUCUCCUGGUGGGGGAGGCACUAUCUGUACCUCCUAACACAGGCCUUAGCUCAGAACAGGAUACCCUGUCCAGUGGUACCCAAUCCACUUAGGAUGAGACCUCAUGGGGCUCAGGAGCCCCUACUCAUCCAUCUUCCCAGGUGGGGUAUAGAUGCCAAAGCCCACUGCACACCUGGCCUCCUGGAGCUAUGUGUCUGAGCAUCACCCCCAGUGCUUGCUGACCCAGUCACAGGUGAGGUCCAAACUAGGGACCCCUUGGUAUCAACAGGCCCACCCUUGCUGAGCCUCUAGGCCCAGUUCCUAGGUGGACCCUCUCUCACCACCAGCUAGUCUCAAGGAUCUCCACCCCGCCCAAUGCUAGCCUAGGGCCAAUUCCCUCCAUUUCUGGGCUGUCACUCAAUGGCACCUCCCUGUGCCUUUGUGUAGACCAGAGGCUCAGACCAGAUAUGAGAAUUCACAUCCUCAAGUUUGGGGUGAGGAGCGCAGGGGCCAGUGUGCUCACUCUCUCCCAGCCCCCAGGAAGUGCCUUAACUAUGACACCCAGAAAAGUGUCCUUGAGUAGGUGAGUUUGUCCAAGCCUCCCAAUAAGGCAACUUCCCCCACCCUGGGGUUCUGCCUCACCAAAGAAAUAAAGAUUGUAAAAAUCCACCUUAGGGUCAA